CGUACGUGCAAGAGCCUCCGAGGAGUCGUGCAAAAUGUGUUCCCAAACUGUCAAGCCAGGACUCAGGUGACAGAAAUGCUGGAACGUGCAUGUACCAUAAAUAUUACUACUAAUACCCAGGCUUUCGUUGGUAUGUAACUCCCACCCCCUCAGGCUUUCUUCAAUCUUACUCCCACAACCAUCGAUAUACUAAACCGGUGUAACGUUUUGUCAUACCAUGGCUCAGAAAUAUGCACCGUAUGGCCUUUGGGAGUCUCCGAUCACAGCUGAUGCUAUAGCUCAGGAUAGUGUCUCCUUGGCCACCAUCUUUGUAGAUCCAGUCACAAAAGAUGUGUACUACAUCGAACAGCGUGCAUCUGAGGGUGGUAGAUGCGUGCUUAUGAGCAACCAGACUCAAAAGGAAGUCUUCGGCAAGGACUUCAAUGCGCGCACGCGCGUUCAUGAAUAUGGUGGAGGAGCUGCGAUCGCUUAUAAUGGGACCGUGUACUCUUCAAACUUCAUGGACUUCCGUGUCCAUGCCGCGAAAGCUGAGAUCAUUAAACCAAUCACACCAGAGGACCCAAACAAGAUUUAUCGUUACGCAGAUUUCUGUGUACACCCGGUCCACACAGAUCUACUCGUCGCUAUCUUAGAAGACCAUACCAACGACACGCCACGUACCGUGCGCAAUUCCCUCUGCGUCAUCAACUCCACGGCUGUCACUGUCACAUCCUUGGUUUCCACCGAGGACGCACAGAAUGAGUUCUAUGGCGCACCGACAUUUUCCCCUUCUGGUGAUAAGCUCGCAUGGCAGUUUUGGAAACACCCAGACAUGCCUUGGGAGGGUGGACAGAUUUAUGUGGCUGACGUUCACUACAAUUCCGACACCCAUACACUUAGCUUAAGCAACGCGAAGCUAGUUGCUGGCGAAGCUAACAACAUCGGCGCGUGUUACCCCUUGUGGGCCUCCAACGACAAGCUUCUCUUUACCUCCGACGAAAGCAAGUUUGCAAAUCUCUGGGAGUAUACUCAGACGUGUACCAAACCAGUUCUCUCAUCUGUCGUGCAGCAAGACUUCUGCAUGCCACCCUGGACGCUUGCAAAUUACUCAUUCGCUUUACUAGACAAGAAUGGCACAAAAGUGAUUUGUGUUGCAUGGCGGAGCGGCCGAAGUGUCCUUUAUGUGAUUGAUAUUGUCGCAGGUUCCUACGUAGAGAUCAAGGACGAAUCGUUCGACUUUGUAAUGGUAAACAAUGUCUGCCGUCUAUCGGACCACGCUUUCGUCUUUACCGGAUGGCAAAGCAAUGCUCCUGGCGCAGCGAUGCUCUGUACUCUUACGGGACCAUCACUCGUGCCAAAUUUCCAGGUGCUCAGAUCUUCCGCAUCGACAUCCGCUGCACCGUUCCCUGAGGGCAUAAUUUCGCUCCCAAUCCCACUUGAACUAAAGGUGGCAGGUGACAAGAUUGUAUAUGCCGUGUACUACGCCCCAAACAACCCAGCGUAUGCGGGUUCAAGCAUUCCCAACGAGAAGCCGCCUUGUGUCCUUGGCGUACACGGUGGCCCCACGGGAUUAGAGCCCCAGAAUUUGAGCUGGCUGAAGCAGUAUUUCACAAGCAGAGGAUACGCUUGGUUGGAUGUGAAUUACGGCGGCUCUUCGUGCUAUGGACGCGAAUAUGUGGAGCGCCUCCAAGGGAACUGGGGUAUCACAGACGUGAGCGACUGCAUCGACGCAGUCAACUCACCCCAAAUCUCUUCCCUCAUCGACACCAAGCGGACUGCGAUCCGCGGCGGGAGCGCGGGUGGGUAUACUACCCUUGCCGCCAUUUCCCUUGACUCCUCCGCAGCGAGCAAAACCAAAUUUUUCGCGAGUGCGACGAACAGCUUCGGUAUUUCAGAAAUGGCGCUUUUUGCAGAAGAUACGCACAAGUUCGAGCUCAUGUACGUUAUAAAGCUUCUUGGUGGUACAAAGGAAGAGAUUCCGAAAGCUUGGCACGACCGGAGCCCGGUGUAUUUUUCUGCAAACAUCAAAACUCCGUUGCUCGUUCUUCAAGGCAAUGACGAUGCAGUUGUCCCGCCUGCACAAUCCUGGACUAUUAUUGACGGAGUCCUUAAAUCCAAGGGACAUGUUGAGGCGCAUUUCUUCGAUGGCGAGCAACAUGGGUGGCGCACAUCAGGGACAAUUAAGAAGGCGAUUGAGUUCGAGAGGGAAUGGUACGAGAAGACCAUGGUGAGGCCCAAUGUGGCAACUUGAACUAUAGUAUAGUAAUAUAUUGAUAUUGUUGGUGUAUGAACAUCGGCGAAUCAAGUACAAAAGUGCACAUAGGGUUAGAAAACACCUUGACAGCA